AUGGACCCCAAACCACCCAUAACUACCACGCGGGGUCAAUACAUUAUGGAAUACCCUAUUUUAAAUCAGCAAACCGUCAGGGAUCAGUUGUCUGGAGACGAGGAAAAUAGACAUUCGUGGAAAGCACCUUCCGAGCUCCCUUUUAGGGGACCUUUGUUAAGGGUCUGGAAUCGAAAUUCAGGGAGCCGGCCAGAGGAAGACGGGCGAAUGAUAGCAAGGGAUCAAAAUAUGUGCCUCGGCAGUAGCCAAUCAAGGCGAGAAUCUUUGUCCAUUCAUGUUGAUCAUGGAAACUGGAGCAAGGGUACGCCAUAUAUAUCAUUUACAAACUCAGAGACCCGAAUCGAAGAGUUAAUUCAGAAGUGGUCCAAAAAGGGACGCAAGGAUUUUAUGUUAACAGCUAUAAACCCAAAUAUCCGUAUUCGAAAAGGGUUGCCCAUUCUUGACGUUACAGCGGAGAUGAAUCGCUAUGAAAUUGAGGAUCCUUACGGACGGGAAGGGGAAUACUACAAGGACGAAUAUGUUUGUCUAUGGCAAGUCACGACAGACGAGAUCAUUGGUCAUUGGGAGUGGAACGAGCUCAAAUACGAUCUGGAUUGGUAUCAGAAAAUUUACGGCGCCUAUAUAAAACACAACACUUCGGAAAUAGAUAAGGAGGAUGGUGCCUCCAUAAAAUCCAAAGCGGCCAACUCUAAAGAGGAUGAUAUCAAUGAGUUAGGAAAGAAUUUCAGCCUGAUCUCGAUUGAUGAAACUGACUCCGAGGUCGUUGAAAAUAGUGCAUUGGACUGAGGGCCCAGCGUACGUUACAUUACCUACCUACCUAGGUAGGUAAAGAAGAGAAAAAAGAAGAGAAAAAAGAGGGAAAAAAAAAAGAUAGUGGACCUUAAAAGAAUACAGGUACCCAAAGAAGUACUA